AUGGCACCACCUUCCCAGCUUGCAAUCGCGACGUCCGCUCUCCAACGCCUGGUCAAAGAAGAGGUUUCCUACGAGAAAGAGCUGAAGGGGCAGGAGACCAGGCUGGAGAAGAUCCUAGCUACGAAGGAUGAGGACGAGAACGCCGAGUACAAGCUAAAGCAGGAGCGAGCAGCCAUCGAAGAAACCAAAGCCGUCUUCCCGCCUCUCCGUGAACGCAUCAGCGAUGCCCUGAAGAAACUCGAGGAUCAGGUCGAAACCGCACAGUCAAGCGGAGCCAGCGAGGAGGAAAUCGUCAAGGCGAAGGAAGUCAUUAAGAGUGCGAAGGAUGACGCAGAGAAGUGA